AUGACGUCGCCUGCGAAUCAGCAGAACCCCAUCCCGGCGACCAACACCAACGCUCCUACGGCAACUUCAUAUGCCUCCGCAGCAGGUGCGCCAAAGAAGCCCGCUCAGGCGCCUGUAGUUGCGCCCGGCUCAAACGCCCCCCUGGUAGUUGGCUCAGCUGCCUCGACGGCACAGAAUGCCAAAGCUGCCUCAACUCCUUCUCCAGUAAACGGCAAACAGGCCGCGGCCCCCACCGUCGCUCGCGGCAGCACUCUCAACGGCUCUGCCCCCGACCAUCUUCGAAAAGGCUCCGUCACCAUGGCUGCCAACGGCCCCAGCGGCUUCGUCCCCAAUGGCGGCUCUAUUGGCGCCGCCAAGUCUGCCAUCCAGUUUGGCUACGACUCGCCUGCCAUGGGCCACAGCACUCCUCAUGUUGGCCACUCGGCUCCUAUUCCAGUUCCCGAGGGCAACAGCCACCACCGAGUGCCCUCUCCUGCUCACUCUCCUGCGCCCAUUCCCCAGCCCUCUGCUAGCGGUGGCCGACCUCCGUCCAGCCUGCAGCAGCCGACCAACCAGAUGACCUUUGGUAGCCUUGGAAGUGAAGGCGAUCGCCACAUGAGACAAGGCUCCGUGCCACCAAACCAAAACUUGGCAUCGCAACCCAACUCACACUUCCGCCGCGAGUCCAGCCAUUCUGUGCAGAGCGACACCGGCCGUGGCAACUUUAACCCUCAGAACAACCGAAACCGUGCCUCGUUCAACCCUCAUGCUGCUCAGUUCAACAACAACCACCAGAUGGGCUACCCUCCCAACAACCAAUAUCGACCUGGCCCUAACCAGAACCGCGGCAUGCCUCCUCCUUUCCAGCCGAAUCGACCCUACCCGAACUCACCGCAGCCCAUGGCCCGAAGCCCUGCUCUGCCGCAUUCGCAGCCCGGUACCCCCAGCAUGGCUAAUGCCAUGCCUGGUAUGGGAGGAGCCUCUCCUCAGUUCCAUUACCCGCCACCCAUGGCGCCGCAGCAUCAGCAACAAACGUACGGAUUCCCCCCGCAGCAAAUGAACCAAUAUGGCCAGCCCAUGUCUGUGCCAUACGCCGCCUACAAUGCCAUGCCUUACAUGGGACCUCCCCAGCCCAACGCUCAACCUUACAACCAAACCUUCGUACCUCCUUACCAUCAACAGAGCCACAGCAUGUCUCGAUCGCCCUCACAGGCUGAGCGGGCUCCCAGCGUCAGCCAGCCAAGCCAGCCCGCCAUCGUUUCAUCUAACCCACAGGCUCUCAACGCCCAGACAAAGGGUGGAAGCCCCUUUGCUCCCCGCCAAAGGAAGAGCGCCGCAAUUCAAAUUAAAAACCUUGCCGGUGAGGUUGUUGAUACUUCGGCUUUCAAGCAGCCAGCUUCUCCUUCGCCAAGCACCCAUCAGACCAAGACUCCUCCCGUCGCCUCAACUCCAACUCCCCCGCAAAAGCCGGACACGCCCACUCACUCUCGGACAGAGAGUCAGUCAGCACACCGGUCAGCCAAGGAGAUCCAGGAUGAGCUCAGGAAAAAGAUUUUGGAGGCUACCCAGAAUCAGCUACUCGCUGCCAAAGAAGAAGAAGAGAAGAAGGACAAAGAGGCUCCUAAGCCGGAUGAGGCUACUCCUGAAGUCAAGCCCGAGACCAAAGCUGAGCCCGUCGAAACCAAAGCCGAGGUCAAGGCUGAGGAAGCCAAGGCCGAAGAGCCCAGGGCUGAAGAGCCCAAGGUCGAGGCACCCAAGGUUGAAGAGCCAGCCGCCAAGAAACCCGAAGAGGCCAAACCUGAGCCCGAGCCCAAGAUUGAGGAGCCCAAGGUUGAAGAGCCCAAGGUUGAAGAGCCCAAGGUUGCAGAGCCCAAGGUUGAAGAGCCCAAGGUUGAAGAGCCCAAGGUUGAAGAGCCCAAGGUUGCAGAGCCCAAGGUUGAAGAGCCCAAGGUUGAAGAGUCCAAGGUUGAAGAGCCAGCUUCCAGCGCGCCUGCCGAAGCCCCCAAGGCAGCUGAAGAAGCUCAGAAGCCUGAGGAGCCAGCCAAGGCUGAAACCGAAGAUGAGGAGCUUGAUCGGAUUAUUGCCGAGAUGGAAGCAGCCGAGGCUAAGCGUGAAGCAGAGGAGGCAGAGCACAAGAAGAAGAGAGAUGCCGACAAGGCUGCGGCCAAGGCGGCGGAAGAGAAGAAUGCCAAGACCACUGCUGAAGAACAGGACCGAAAGCUUCGAGAACAGGAACGAGAGAUGGAAAGACUCGAAGAAGAAAAGGAGAAGCGACGAGAAGCCGCUGAAGCUUCUGGAAAGACUCUCUCCUUUACUGAAGCUCUUGCUGCGGCUCGUGGCGGAAAGAAGGACGAGUCUGCCGACUCAGUUGCCGAUAAGCUGGGCGACCUGAGCAUUGGAGACAAGUCAGCUGAGGCUGCCGGCCCCAAGGAGAAGCGAGUUGCCAAGCCUGCUGCUCUGAACCUGGCACCCAUCAAGACUGGCGCGGUGGAACCUCCUCAGCCCAGCGCCGCUCUUCAGUCUUUGAAGUCUGCUCGCUUCCUUGCGGUCAUGAACCAGGAUAUCUAUCCCGAAGGAAUCAAGUCUCCCAACCCAGCGCUCAAUGCUGCCGUCGCCAAGAAGGGCAAGACUUUCAAGUACGACGCCGCUUUCAUGCUCCAGUUCCAAAAGGUCUUCACGGAACAACCCUCACUGCAGUUCCACCAGCAAAUUAAGCAGCUGAUUGGCGAUGGUGACGGUGGCCGAUCUGCAUCGCGAGGCCAGACCCCCAGCUCAGCAAGACAAGGAUCUCGUGGCGGAGGUGGCUUCCCUGGUGGCUCUUUUGGUGUCCCUACAGGACGCACUCUGCCUCCCGGAACCACAUCAGCCGAUCGCAUGGCCAUCGCCAGCGGCGCCCUGCCAAGGCCGCAGGUCAACCCGAUGGCAUCCUUCCAGCGUCCUGGCUCUGGUUUCCCCGGAUCCUCCGCCAUGUCUCGCACUUCUUCUUCAAAUAUGCGCAACAUGCCCAACUCUCCCCGCCAGUCCAGCCGGUCUACCCGUGGUAGCCGACGCAACGAUAACACUGCCAAGGAAGCACAGGCUGCUAAGACCAUGCCUCUCACUGCUGGCCAGGAACUCAAGCCCAUCGUUGUUUCUGCCACCGGAUGGAAGCCUACUAGUCUUGGAGCCAAGCCCGGUGCCGCAGCUUCUACCCAAAGCCAGCACAUGGAGCCAGAGAUGGUUCAGCGAAAGGUCAAGGCCGCUCUCAACAAGAUGACGCCUGAGAACUUUGACCGCAUUGCGGAUCAGAUCUUGCUUAUUGCCUCGCAGUCAAAGGAUGAGUCUGAUGGACGGACACUGCGCCAGGUCAUCCAGCUCACCUUUGAGAAGGCCACUGAUGAAGCCCACUGGGCCUCCAUGUACGCCAAGUUCUGCAAGCGCAUGCUUGAGACUAUGAGCCCUGAAAUUCGUGAUGAGAACAUCAAGGACAAGAACGGUCAAGUUGUCAGCGGCGGCAACCUCUUCCGCAAGUACCUCCUGAACCGAUGCCAGGAGGAGUUUGAGCGUGGCUGGACAACCAACCUGCCGGACGCCCCAGAGGGUGCUGAAGAUGCCGAAAAUAAAUCUUCUGCGGAUGCUAAGCCUACGGAGGCUGCUCUGCUGUCUGACGAAUACUACGCCGCCGCUGCCGCUAAGCGACGAGGUCUUGGUCUCGUUCAGUUCAUUGGAGAGCUGUUCAAGCUGGGCAUGCUUACAGAGCGUAUCAUGCACGAGUGUGUCCGCAAGCUGGUCGACUACCAGGGUCUGCCGGACGAGGCUGAAGUCGAGUCUCUCUGCAAGCUACUCCGCACUAUUGGUGCCAACCUUGACGAAACCAAGGGCCGUCCUUUGGUAGACGCCUACUUCCAGCGCAUCCAGGGCAUGGUUGACAUGCCUGAGCUGCAGAGCCGUAUCAAAUUCAUGCUCAUGGACAUUAUCGAUCUCCGUAGAGCCCGCUGGGUCUCGAAGGAGGCUAACAAGGGCCCCAAGACCUUGGAUGAGGUUCGCGCAGAGGCCGAAGCUCAGCAAGCUGCCAAGGCUCAGGAAGCCGCACGAAGCAACCAGCGAGGUCCUGGCGGUGGCCGACCUCCCGUUGGCCGCGGUGAUGCUCGCGGCUUUUCUGGAGGCUUCCAGCAGCAGACUAGCAACCAGGUUGGCGUGGACGACCUGAGACGUCUGAAGGGCUCAUCUAUGAACAGAGCAUCAAGCGGAAAUGUCACACUGGGCCCCGCAUCCAUGCUCUCCUCUCGUAGCAACAGUGGAAGACGUUUCGGACCUGGUGGCGCCCUUGGCCGCUCUGGUGAUGAUUCCAACGGCUCUUCACGCGCUGGAACUCCUGGACCAACAAGUUCCAAUGCGUUCAGCUUGCUUGCUACCAUGGACGGAGACCACCCGGCCUCCCCUCCUUCUGCUGGACCCUCGCCUCUCAUGUCUAAGGCUGUCCCUGCCACUGACAAGAAGGACAAUGAAUAA